AUGGUGAUUCUCAUUCCUUCACCAGAAAUAUCCAGAGUCCUUUGUCACCCUAACCCUAGCCUUAAAAGGUUUAAAAUCUUGACGAACAAUGAGAAAUUUGGGGUUAAGUCUAGGGCGACGGUCAGGGUUUGCUCCAGAGUUAAAGAUUGUACGGUGAAGAUGUCGGAAUUGGAUCAGAAUGUGAGGUUGUAUGGCCAGUUCUCAGCACCAGUGAAGCGAGGUUCCAAGCCGAGCAAAGAAGAGGAAGAGAAGCAGAAUUACUAUGUGAAUAUGGGCUAUGCGAUUCGGACUGUGAGAGAGGAGUUUCCCGAGCUCUUUUACAGAGAGCCUAGCUUCGAUAUUUACAGGGACGAUAUCACAUUUAAAGAUCCGAUCAAUACGUUUAUGGGCAUUGAGAAUUACAAGUCUAUAUUUUGGGCACUGCGUUUCCAUGGAAAGAUGUUUUUCAAGGCCUUGUGGGUUGAUGUCAUUAGCGUAUGGCAGCCCAUGGACAAUGUAAUAAUGGUUCGCUGGACUGUCCAUGGCAUUCCACGAGUCCCUUGGGAUAGUCGUGGUCGAUUUGAUGGAACCUCUGAGUACAAAGUUGACAAGAAAGGGAAGAUCUUUGAGCAUCGCGUUGAUAACAUUGCUCUCAAUUCUCCUCCUAAGUUUCAAGUUCUGGCUGUAGCGGAUAUAAUACAAUCUCUUGGCUGCCCCUCAACCCCAAGGCCAACCUAUUUUGAAACUUCAUCUUCAUCCUCAAAGAGGACAUGGUGA